GAAUAUUUUCACUCAAUAACGGCCUCUCAUCAAUCAAAAGGUUAGUCAACCCCUCCAGUCCCUUCCACUACACACCCAUUCCUCGCAUUGCCAUUAUAAAAGGGGAUCACAUCCUCUUGCAGAUGGCACAAAAUGGAGUCCCAAAGCCGACAAAUUCCUGUUCAUGAUACCCUCCAAAACCCACAGGAAACACCCACUUCCAAAUUUCCAACAACCAUAGUCCACAAAGUGAGAGAAAAUUUGAUCUUUAGAUCGAAAUGGGCAGAACUGAACGGUGCUAUGGGGGAUUUAGGCACUUACAUACCAAUCGUAUUAGCAUUAACACUUUCCACCGACCUUAACUUAGGUACAACAUUGAUAUUCACUGGCAUAUACAACAUCAUUACCGGUGCUAUAUAUGGUGUGCCAAUGCCAGUCCAGCCAAUGAAAUCAAUUGCCGCUGUGGCUAUAUCAAACAGUGCAGAAUUUGGUAUUCCUGAAAUUAUGGCAGCAGGAAUUUGCACCGGUGGGAUUUUGUUGGUUCUGGGUGUCACCGGAUUGAUGCAGCUUGUUUAUAGGCUAAUUCCAUUAUCUGUUGUUAGGGGGAUUCAGCUUUCACAAGGGUUAUCUUUUGCAAUGACUGCAGUUAAGUAUAUUAGAAAAGUUCAAAACUUUUCCAAGUCAAAGUCUGGUGAAAAUAGGCAUUGGUUAGGAUUGGAUGGAUUGGUUCUGGCUAUAGCCUGCUGUAGCUUUAUCAUUGUGGUCAAUGGUGCAGGAGAAGAGAACAAUGAAAGAGAGACAAAUAGUUGCAAUUUGGAUGUAGAAGAAAGAUCCAAAAGGAGGAGACUGAAGAAAAUCAUUGCCUCUCUUCCUUCUGCUUUUAUGGUGUUUUUGUUGGGUGUGGUUUUGGCAUUUAUAAGAAAGCCUAAAGUAGCGAAUAGUAUUAAAUUAGGCCCAUCUUCUAUAGAAUUGGUGAAAAUCUCCAAGCAUGCAUGGAAAGAAGGGUUUAUCAAGGGUACAAUUCCUCAGCUCCCUUUAUCAAUACUAAAUUCUGUCAUUGCUGUAUGUAAGCUAUCAUCAGAUCUUUUUCCAGGCAAGGACUUUUCAGCAACAUCUGUUUCAGUGACUGUAGGGGUAAUGAACUUGGUGGGAUGUUGGUUUGGGGCUAUGCCAUGUUGCCAUGGUGCCGGUGGGUUGGCUGGUCAGUAUAAGUUUGGAGGCAGGAGUGGAGGGUGUGUGGCUCUUUUGGGUGCAGCCAAAGCGAUUUUGGGUUUGCUCAUAGGAAGCUCCUUGGUCAUGAUUUUGGACCAAUUCCCAGUUGGGGUGUUAGGGGUGUUGUUAUUAUUUGCUGGAGUAGAACUGGCUAUGACUUCAAGAGACAUGAAUACAAAGGAAGAAUCCUUUGUUAUGCUUAUAUGCACUGCAGUUUCCCUUGUAGGUUCUAGUGCAGCACUUGGGUUUGUAUGUGGGAUGGCAGUGCAUGUGCUUCUUAAGCUAAGAAACUGGCGUAAAGAUCAGUUAAGAAUAUGGAUGCAUGGAAGUACAUGAAAGCCUCAAACAUCUAUGAGAUGCGUAAAGAAAGUAGUUAAAUAUGUGUACUUGGGAAUGAUUAUAGUGAAAUUUGUUCUUAAGUUAUAGGCACUUAAAAGUUUGUCAUGUUGAACGAUUUAAUUCCACCGUAUCCAUUUCCAUGUAAUCUUUCUGCCUUAUCCGUAGGGCCUUGUGAAUCCAAUAUCUAUUUUCAGUUUAUGAACA